AUGUCUUUCAACAAUGAAGCCCUUCUGGGAGCCGGCGGAGGAAACGGAUUUGCACCAAAUUUUUCACCGCCCGACUAUCAUCCGUCGGAAAACUGGAAACCGACACCGCCCGGAAUACACGUCGGACUGAUGAAGGACGCACCGCUGACCCGAAAAGGACCAGCCAACUUUAUUCAACCGGUACAGCAACAGGGCGCAGUGAUGAUGGUCUACGGACUCGGUAACAACACCGAUAAGCUGUUCAAUCUGUUCUGCCUGUACGGAAAUGUUGUCAGGAUAAAGUUCCUGAAGACCAAAGAGAGUACCGCCAUGGUCCAGAUGGGAGACGCCAUUGCAUUCGAACCAGUCGAAUGCAGCAUACAGCACUUGAACAACAUUGAAUGA